AUGUCCGAUUCCUCAGAAGCGAGCCCCAAGUCUCGUGUCAAUCGCACAACAGGAACUCUCAUGGACGAAAAUAUUGGGCCAUUGGACAAAAUGGCAGAAAACGAAUUCGAGGAACAUGAAGCACAGCCAGACUCGCCUCGGACUGGGUCUCCAGAUCAGCUUGAUGGAAACAACUUUUUUGACUUAAAACCACCAAUUCCAGUCCUCAACGAUCUCACCAAAAUUGAAGAAGUUAUGAAACGGUUAUAUUCAGAGGAGCAUUUGCACUAUAUACUAAGUGAUCAUGCACAAUAUCAACGCUUCUCAUCAUUUCUUAGUCGAUACAAACCGCUUAUGGUACCCACGCUAGUUCGAUACAUGGAGAUGCGAAAAGCUAUGAAAGCCAUCGAAUAUGCAAAUGCCGUUGCCAGAACGAUUAAAUGGCCCUCACAAUCAGAUUAUUCCAAAUUUUCGCGGAUAGAAGCAGCCCAAACAGACGGUCGAUUCGAAGACUACGCAUCACGAGAGGUUAACUCCCUUUUGGCCGAAGCACUGCCCGCUUGGGUAACGUAUCUCCUGGUUGGUGUCGUUGCUGAUUGUUUGGCACGAGAGAUCACUGGACAGUCUCUUCCUGUCGUCAAGGAUCUUGUCGGGAAUCUCGGGGAAGUCUUUUGUCUCACUGAUCCAAAAAUCAGGGACAACCCCAUUAUUUACUGCUCCGAAGAGUUCUAUCGGACAACUCAGUAUGGCACCAACUUUGCCAUAAAUAGAAAUUGUAGAUUCCUCCAAGGACCGCAUACUAACGAAGCUACAAAAGAUAGACUUCGCAAGGCAAUUUCACUAGGUCAGGAAUCUAACGAAGUACUUUUGAAUUACCGGCGCGAUGGAACCCCUUUUGCAAAUCUUCUCAUGGUUUCUCCUUUGUACGACGAUAAAGGCAAUGUUCGAUAUUUUAUCGGUGCACAAAUAGAUGUAACUGGUCUUAUUCUCGACGGCUUAGGUUUGGAUAGUUUUCGUGGCAUGCUGUAUAAGUCUGUUCCACAAAUUUCUACAGCCCCAUCGGAAAAUCUAGACAACUCUAAUCAUGAUGUCCGACCGAGUAUUUCAGCUCAGAGUAACUACAAUAAAGUAUGCGAUCCUCUCGAUAAAUUGACUGAUUUAUCUCUCAUGCUUUCCCUCGACGAAUCCGAAGUAGUGACAAAAAACAUACUCUCUGGCGCUCCACAUCACCUUGAUACAGAAUCUAUAACAUCAGAUGGCUGCAGCAUUCGCUCCAUGCUGCCCACUAACAAAAUGGCCCGUCAGAACCGUCGUAUCAUCGAUGCGCAUGACUCUGAUAUUCAUAUGGGUCAAUCAGCAGCUGAAGGUAACAAUGCAGCGAUAAAUCGAGCUUUUCUAGGUGCCUAUCGUCACUAUCUCUUAGUCCGCCCCUAUCCAUCACUUCAAAUCAUCUUCGCCUCACCUACCCUUCGUCUGCCAGGCCUCCUUCGAACUCCACUUUUCACAAAAAUAGGCGGCUCACCUACUGUCCUUUCAUCCCUCGAGGAUGCAUUCCGUGACGGUGCCUCCGUAACGGCUCGCAUUCUGUGGCUUCCUAAACAUGGAUAUCCAGCUAACAGUAAAGCACGGAGACGCUGGAUCCGAUGCACACCGCUAUUAGGCUCCGAUGAACGUGUUGGAGUUUGGAUGAUUGUUCUUGUACCAGCUGAUGGUGACGAGGACAUAAACCGUUCCAUGACAGAUUCGGGUUAUCACUCUAUUGGAGGACUGGGAAGUAUUAUGGGUAUGGGAAAUUUUGGUAACGGGCGAAUCUCAUCAUUUAAUUCUACGAUUGACGAAUUUGAUGACCUUGCAGCCAUGGAAAGUCUUGUUGAGGGUCGUCGAAGCUCUGCGCUCGAAAUAUCUGGCCAUGCUCCGCGCUCCAGGAGAGUAACAAUAAUGGAUCAUGAAAAUCCCACCCAAGGCCCAUCCGAUAAUAUAUAUGGUAUGACCAGCCCAGAGCGACAAUUCCGCAACUUGGCCAAGCGGGGAAUAGACGAUGGACUAUAUGCGCAGUUCCUGCGAAAUUCAGCAAGCACAAAUUCGAUAAUCGAGGAAGAAAUUUAG